AUGCCACCUGCGGCCACCGCCAUCUUGCGGCCCCGACCCCGCCCCGGCCAUGCUCUGUCGCCAGCCGCGGCACACCGGGUGGCACGUGCCACCGCCCCCCCCCCUUUUCCCGUCACCCUCGCGGCUCCUUCGGGGCCGCGACCCUGGAAAGGGGGGGCAGGCGUCGCCCCCUCUGCCGCCUGCUUUGGCGCCCGGGGGAGGCCGGGCGCCGCAGCGGCAAGGGCAGGGGAGGCAAGGGCGGUGGGGGUGAUGGCGGGGGAGGCGGUGGUGGGGGUGGUGGCGGCGGUGGGGGCGGUGGCGGGGGCUGGAGGGGCUAGUGGCAGCGGUGGGGGGUGGUGGAAGGCAGCGGCGGCGGCGGUGGCCGAGGUGGGGGGCGGUGUGGUGGCGGCAGUGGACGUGGCGGCGGCAGGGGCGGUGGUGGUCGUGGUGGAGGCGGCGGUGGUGGUCGUGGAGGGCUCUGGCACUGGCCAGAGCGCGCAGCACCCUCAGUCCUCCCAGGAGGCUUCGUGA